ACUUCUUCAGCGCUACUUGUUUUUCACCUCUCAAGUCCUUCUCCCCUACCUGCCAGCCCUUGUACUGGAAAAAGGAAAAAACAAUGCGUAUCCUGACGGGCGGCGGCGGUAGUGGUGGUUAUUUAAAAAUCAAUCCGCAUAAUUUCUCGUUGUCUAUGAGUGGGAGUAUGAGAACCACUGUUUUCCAUUGCUUCCCUCUUCGUUCUUACCCUAAAAACCCUAACAAAUAUGUCUGUAAACCACUCAAAAUCUCCAACUCAUUAAGAUUUUCCGAUACUUGUACUACCACCACCACCACAAGUCGCCGUUGGCUGAGACCUUCUUCCUCAUUCGCUGCUUCUUCGUCUUCUUCUAGUAGGUCUUUUUUGGGGUUAGGCUAUAAUCAGAGGAAUAAAAAUGACAAGGGUUUGGUUUUGAGUUUUGCUUACACUACUAGUAGUAAUCGUCGUCAUUAUUCCCAGCCUCACAACUUACACCAACAUAAGCAGUCCUUCGGGUAUGGCCGUUAUGCUUAUGAUGAUUACUCAGAGGAUGAGUUUGGCGGUAAAGCAAUUGCUAAAUCACAAUCCCACAAGGGUGCAUCCUCUCCUGAGAACAUUGAUGAGUGGAAAUGGAAGUUAACUAUGCUCAUUCGCAAUAACAAUGAACACGAGUUGGUGUCAAGAGAAAAGAAGGACAGACGAGAUUUUGACCAACUUUCAGCAUUGGCAACUAGAAUGGGAUUGUAUAGCCGACAGUACUCUAGAGUUCUUGUCUUCAGUAAAACCCCAUUGCCAAAUUACAGAUCAGAUCUGGAUGAUAAGCGUCCUCAGAGGGAGGUAGUUAUAUCUUCUGAUUUGCAAAGAAGAGUGGAGGCUCUACUUAACGGAUACCUUUCUCAAAAGCCUCGGGUUCUUUCCUUACCAAAAUCAAGUAGCAAUUGUGAAAGUAGUACUCUGAAUGAAGACUUCGUUGACAUUAAGGCGCCAACCAGUGUUGUUAUGGAGAGAAUUCUUAGAAGGAGAAGUUUGCAUUUUCGUGAUAAGCAACAUGCCUGGCAGGAAUCUGCCGAAGGUAAAAGAAUGAUAGAUUUUCGUAAAAAUCUCCCUGCUUACAAAGAGAAAGAUGCAUUGUUGAGAGCAAUUUCCCAAAAUCAGGUGGUGGUUGUGUCUGGUGAAACUGGUUGUGGUAAGACCACCCAGCUUCCCCAGUAUAUCUUAGAAUCUGAGAUAGAAGCUGCAAAUGGAUCUGCCUGUAGUAUAAUCUGUACGCAGCCUCGUCGAAUAUCUGCUAUGGCAGUUUCUGAAAGAGUUGCUGCAGAGAGGGGUGAAAAAUUGGGUGAAACUGUUGGCUAUAAAGUUCGUUUGGAAGGUCAGAGAGGGAGGGAUACUCGCCUUCUGUUUUGCACCACAGGCAUUCUAUUGAGGAGAUUACUGCAUGACAAAAGUUUAAAAGGUGUUACCCAUGUUAUUGUGGAUGAGAUUCAUGAACGUGGAAUGAAUGAAGACUUUUUGCUUAUCAUACUAAGGGACCUUCUUCCACGGCGUCCAGAACUGAGGCUUAUUUUGAUGAGUGCAACCUUGAAUGCAGAGCUCUUUUCGACCUACUUUAGCAGGUCACCAGUGAUUUAUAUUCCGGGUUUCACAUAUCCAGUUAGAACACUUUUUCUGGAGAGUGUUCUAGAGACGGUUCAGUAUAGGUUAACACCCUAUAACCAAAUUGAUGAGUACGGUCAAGAUAAGGUCUGGAAGAAGCAGAAACAACUUCUUGGAAAGAAGAAGAGUCAAAUAGUAUCUGUUGUUGAGGAUACCCUUGAAGCAGCAAAUUUCAAUGAGUAUAGCCGACAGACUCAGGAAUCUCUGUCUUGUUGGAAUCCUGAUUCGUUAGGGUUUAAUCUCAUAGAACAUGUUUUGUGCCAUAUAUGCAAGAAAGAAAAGCCUGGUGCUGUUUUGGUAUUUAUGACUGGGUGGGAUGACAUUAAUGCUCUGAAGGAUCAGCUCCAAGCACACCCUCUUUUAGGAGAUCCUAGCAGGAUUUUGUUGCUUGCAUGCCAUGGAUCAAUGGCUACCUCGGAACAGAGGUUAAUAUUUGACAAACCUGAAGACGGAGUGAGGAAAAUAGUGCUUGCUACUAAUAUGGCUGAAACCAGUAUCACAAUUAAUGAUGCUGUUUUUGUUGUUGAUUGUGGAAAAGCAAAAGAAACAUCCUAUGAUGCAUUGAACAACACUCCUUGUUUACUGCCUUCUUGGAUCUCUAAGGCUGCUGCUCGACAGAGAAGAGGAAGAGCUGGGCGUGUUCAACCUGGCGAGUGUUACCAUCUUUAUCCAAAAUGUGUAUAUGAGAGUUUUGUGGAUUACCAAUUACCAGAACUUUUACGGACACCUCUGCAAUCUCUUUGUUUACAAAUUAAAAGCUUACAGCUUGGAAGCAUUUCAGAAUUCUUGUCUAGGGCCUUGCAGUCUCCAGAACCACUAUCGGUUCAAAACGCUGUUGAAUAUUUGAAAAUAGUUGGGGCUUUAGACGAGAAGGAAAAUCUGACUACUUUGGGUGGCUACUUGUCAAUGCUUCCUGUGGAGCCCAAACUUGGAAAGAUGCUCAUUUUGGGUGCUAUCUUUAAGUGUCUGGACCCUAUACUGACUGUGGUUGCUGGUUUAAGUUCUAGAGAUCCAUUCUUAGCACCAUUUGACAAAAGAGAUCUUGCGGACUCGGCCAAAGCCCAAUUUGCUGGAAGGGAUUUUAGCGACCAUCUUGCACUGGUCCGAGCGUUCAAGGGCUGGAAGGAUGCCGAAAAAGAGCAGGCUGGGUAUGAAUACUGCUGGAAGAAUUUUCUUUCGUCACAGACCCUUAAAGGUAUUAAUUCCCUUAGUAAGCAGUUCUUUUACUUACUCAAGGAUACCGGCCUGGUUGAUAAUGACCCAGCAACUUGGAAUAUGUGGAGUCACGACGAGCAUCUUAUUAGAGCUAUCAUUUGUGCUGGACUAUACCCUGGAAUUUGCUCCGUCGUGAACAAGGACAAGAGUGUAUCAUUGAAGACAUUGGAGGAUGGUGAGGUCAACCUUUACUCCAACUCUGCUAAUGCCCGAGAACCGAAAAUUCCAUACCCGUGGCUAGUUUUCAACGAGAAGGUGAAAGUGAACUCUGUUUUUCUUCGGGAAUCAACAGCCAUUUCUGAUUCCUUGAUUCUACUAUUUGGAGGAAGCAUAUCCAGAGGGGGACUUGAUGGACACCUGAAAAUGCUGGGAGGAUACUUGGAAUUCUUCAUGAAACCUGCCUUAGCAGAAACAUAUCUGAUUCUGAAAAGAGAACUUGAUGAGCUGAUUCAUAACAAACUACUGAAUCCCGAGAUAGACAUUAACACGCACAAACAUCUCCUAUCAGCAGUACGCUUGUUGCUCUCGCAGGACCAGUGUGAUGGUAAGUUUGUUUUCGGCAGGAAAGUUCCGAUAAAGCACUCAAAAGUAACUAGUGCAACGUCAAAAUCACCAAAAGGGAUGCUUUCAAGAAAGGGAAGCUUGAUAGGUGGUGGUGGGGAUAAUUGCAAAAACCAGUUGCAAACACUGCUUGCACGUGGGGGACGACAUCACGUUCCUGUUUACAGCACCAAGCAACUAAAGAACAACCAGUUCAGAGCCAUGGUGGAGUUCAAUGGGAUGCAGUUUGUCGGGAAGCCUUGCAGCAGCAAGAAGCUGGCAGAGAAAGAUGCAGCAGCUGAGGCCUUGCAGUGGUUAACUGGUGAGACUGGCACUCCAACAGGUUGGGAAGAAAGUGAUGAUCACAAGUCAAUAAUGCAGAAACUCAAAAUGAAAAAACAUGGAAGGGCAUGGUGAGUACUGCAACCAACAGUAGAGGAAGGGUAAAAACUAGAAGAUCCAUGACAUGCAGAAAAAGGUCCAACAAUGUUGGGUAUUUGAUUUUGGAAUCUUUCAUGCGGAGGUUAGUCCUGAACACACUUGUUAAUAGUGCAGCUAGUAGUUCACUUCCAACAACUUGUGUGUAUUCCUCGAGGGAGAUCAGAAAUGAUGACGACACUAUCUAAUUUAAAAUGAUCUACUCUCUUGCUGGGAUGAGCUGUAUUAUCUGACCUGGACGGAGUUUCUCUAACAAAAUAUUUGUAAGUGAAGGAUGAUGCUCUUGUUGUCAGGUUUGGGAAUUAAGCACAGUGAAAGCAACAGGAAAUACCAGAACUUGGAUACAUAAAGGACUUUUUAACUAAGUGUACAUGCCGCUUCUUCAUGUAUAGGUAUAGCCACUUAAUUCUUUAAUCUCAUUUUCUUCUUUACUUUCUGUCUUUUAAUUGGAGAACCACCGUGAAAUUUCUUUAUGUACAUCUAUACUAUCCGAGUACAAAAGCAACCAACGAUUCUGAGGUUUUAUUUU